AAACUUUCAUUACUUUUUAAGUUUGAUUUGAUAAUUUGCGGCUGGGUAUUAUGUCACCUAAGUGACAAUGCUUGUCUCCUUUGCAAUAUGUCAAUAGUUGUACCAUUUUUCAGGGCCUGUGCUGGAAUAUUGUUGUCACCAACAGCCGCCUGUACAUCAUCCCGGCGCUCAACAUAGCUUUUUCAACUGGUGGAACACUAUUUUCUUUUAUACCUUGAAAGAUGACAUUAAGCCAGGUUUAUACCUGCUUGGUAUUUGCCAUGCUAGCAGCUCCAAAUGAUGCUCGAUGUGUACCGCUUCUGCCUAGAAUGGCCUGCAACCUAGAGCUAAAUACGUGCGCAAAUAACAGGUGUGCACAUUUUGCUAUCAUAUGUCCUGUUGGGAGUUAUGGACUGAGAUGUAAAGCAAAAUGUUCGAACCACUGCGUUGAAGGUAAGUGUCACCUAACGGAACGGGGUGCUGAGAUUUGCACUAAAGGCUGUGUAAAGGGAUGGAGAGGCAUCAGUUGUCUGGAGGGAUGUCCGUACCCAUGCUCGGAGUGUGACCGCGACACUGGAGCCUGUACUGACCAAUGUGGGGAUGGUUUGUAUGGAGACGGCUGCACCAAGGAGUGUCCAAAGUCAUGUGUUCGCUGUGACAAGGUGACGGGAGAAUGUAGUGCCAGUCAGCAUUCUUUGGCUCUCUUCAAGGGGUCUGGUACAGCUUGUCCGAAUGGCUACUACGGUGUUGAUUGCUCCAAACGGUGUACUCUUGGUUGCGAGAACUGUGACCAAAGGACCGGAGACUGUCUGCUGGACGAAACACAGACUGAGCCGUCAACAGCCCUGAAAAACAUUACUGAUGAUACAUCUUCAGUUGACAAACUCCCUGAAGUGAGAUCAUCUGAUGUGAAUAUGCUCAUGGUAAUCGGCCUGGGUGUAAUGUCGGCCUCCCUGCUGCUUAUCGUUGUUUUCCAGUGCUUGUGGUUCAGGAUGAGACGAAACCGACAGAUUACAGACAAGGAGGAUCUGAAAGAUGCCCACCUUUCUCUAAACGAGCCCAAGUACACUCAUGUCUACGAUGAAAUACCUGAAGAUGCUGAUGACAGUCGAUUUCCUAAGCAGAGAGAAUACCUCACUGCAACAUUCACCAACGAUGGGCUUGACCCUUCUCUGACCCACAAGAUCGCGGCAAGUGGAUAUCUUCACCCUCUUGGGAUCAGAGGACCGUACGUGGCCCCUCAUCUUUCAUAUCCCAAUUGUGCUCCUUUUGAAGCGUGAAUUAUAAUACACGUUAACUGAUGAUUGCUUGUUUAACGCCGCACUCAGCACUAUUCCAGCUAUACCUCGGUGGUCUGUAAAUAAUCGAGUCUGGCCCAUAGUUGCGUUACGGUUUGUCUGUGUGUUACAAACUUGUUAACAAACAUCAUAAUCUCAGACACACCUUAACCGAUAGAAUGCAAGUUUUGGCAAAUAUAUCAACGUAAGUUGAUAUAAACAUU